AUGGCUGAGAUGCAAGUGACCUCAUUCCCUGGCAACUCCAGCGUCGCCGCUGCUGCCGCUGCCGCUGCCGCCGCCGGUCCGGCGGCCAUCUCCGAGUCUCACACCCCGGGCGCCGUGCCCAUCGCAGGUAUCUCCUCGUCCUCGUCCACCGGUGCGCCCUCCCCCGGUCCCGCGGUUGCCGGUGCCGUGGGUGGUCUCUUCUCGAUUGACGCCCUGCCGGACCCGGUGACCGCGGCGGCCACCAUCAUCACGGCCACCGCGCACCGCGCCGGGCCCGACGGCCGGGACAGUGGCGACAGCUCGCCGGACAGCUCGGCUCCCGGUUGCAGCGAUGUGGACCUCGGCCUUCCCUUUCCCACCAAGCCCUCCACCUCGGCGGAUCCGGCCGCCUCGGUCCUGGUGGCCCUUGAUGCUCACAUUCGGUUCCUCUGGCGCCGGCGGCAGCACUCCAUGGCGCAGUUGAGUUCUGUGUGUCGGGGUGCCCGUUGCCAGAAGGCCACUUCCCAGCGUGCCUCGCCUCCUCCUCCUCCUCCGGAGGCCAGGACCCCCACCGGGUCACCGGCCCCGGGCCCUGACGAAUCGCCGGCCCCGGGCCCUGACGAGUCGCCGGUUUCGCCGUUCAGCUCCUCGCCGGAGCUCGGCCCAACAGGCACGAGGCUGACGCCUCCCUUGGAAGAGCCGCUUCUCCCGGAUGCGCACUUCUCCCGGCUGUUCGGCAGCAUGCUCCACACGAUCCUCGCCGGGAGUAGCCGCGACCGGUCAACGCGCUCCCUGGUCAGCCAGCAGCUGGCCCCCCGGUACUCGGCGCCGCUGGAUCAGGCCAUUGCCACACAUGCGUCGGCCAGCAUGGCCCGGGUGUCGGCCAUGUCGGGACCUCUCAGCCCGGCGGCCGAUCCGGAGCCCGCCACCUUCGGGGGGAUCGUGCUGCGCGAGCCGGCCGAGGGCAGCCGGUCCGGGCUCACGCCCGACGACCAGACCCAGCUGCGACUGGAGUUCGGCCCGUCAUUGGGCCAGGCCCUCGAGGCACUGGGCCCGCUUGGCCCCACGCCCGCAGGCACUUCCUCCACGCCCGGGGGGGAUCCCCUGGCACGGGUGCUGGCGCGAGCGGCUUCCACGGCGUCCGGUGCCACACCGGUUCCCACUCCCUCGCCCUACGCCCUGGCAUGGAAGUCUCUGUCGGUGCACCACCCGCACUUCCUCCUGCUGCGGAAUCCCAAGCGCGCGGUUUUGAGCACCGACUGGGCCGCCGCCCGGGCCGAGCGGCGCAUCACCUAUGUCCUGGAGCGCAUCGAAUCGCUGCAGCGGGCCACCGGCCGGUGGUCGGCUCGGCAGCUCCGUCGAAUCCCGGAGCCCCCGCGGCCCCGGUCGCACUGGGACUUCCUGCUGGACGAGCUGGAGCCCAUGGCAUACGACUUCACCCAGGAGCGCCAUUGGAAGCGACAUGCGGCGCGGCUGCUGGCGCACGCGGCCCGGCGCUUUCACCUGACCAGCCCGGGGCCCCGGCGGCAGGCCCUGUGCAUCCCGGUGCCGGCCGGGCACCCGGCACACCGGGUGUGCGGGGUCCUCUUUGCCGGGGGCGCCAUGGCCCCGUUCGACCCGGCCACCGACGGCCAGUAUGUGGCCCCGACGCUGACAUACCUGGCGGAUGGGUUGCUGGCGCCGGAUGUGCUGGCCAGCGCGGUGGCUCGCCAGCGCGGGUCCCCUGGGCCUCCGGCCGAGGAGCUGGUGGAUUCCUUUGUUUGGAAUGCACCUCGGGUGGAGCCGCCCCAGCCGCCUGCCACGGCGGCCGAUCGCGGCACCGUCGGCGAUCCGCUCGGCGGGCUGGCCCUGCUGCCGGCGUCGCGGCUGCUGGCCGGACGGCUGUUCCGCGGGGCGGCCAGCUUGCACCGGUCGCGCCUGCCGCUGCCCGGGGUAUUCCGCCGGGCACUCCGGCGUCGGGCCGAGCGCCUGGGCCUGCGCCGGGCCCUGCGGUCGACUGCCAUGGCCGAGAGUCUGCGACGCCCUUCGUCCCUGGGGUUCGGCCCUGGACUGAUCGGCGGCAAGCGCCUCCUCCCGUCGCCGGUGCCAUCAUCAUCAUCAUCAUCAUCGCCAUCAUCAUCAUCAUCAUCAUCGUCGUCGUCGUCGUCGUCGUCGUCGUCAUCAACGACGACCCCGGCGCCGGGUGCCAGGUCCUCAUCGGCCCCGGUAGCCCUGCCACCGGUGGCCCAACUCCAGGCGGCCCUGGCCAGUGGGCUGUCCUUCGCCGAGACGGCCCGGCUCAUGGAGGUAGCUCUGGCCCUGGACUUCGACUGGCCGCUGGUGGCACAGACCCUCAGCGAUUGCCGGUCCUCGACGGCCGACGCCCAGCUCGGGCAGAGUCUCUUCCCCGGGCGGGAAUGGCAGCAAACGCACAAGCCCCUGGUCGGGGUGCCGAAGCUCUUGCCGCAGGCCCUGGCCGCGCGCUUUGCCCUCAUCCGGUCUCAGGUGUCCCUGCAUCCAUUUGAUGUGUCCCUGCGGCAGUCGAUCAACCUGCGCCAUGGCGGAGCCUUCAUCCAGGAAGAGGCGGGCCCUUCCUCCGGGUCCUCCUCGUCUUCCUCCACCGAGGGUUCCUCCUCCUCCUCCUCCUCGUCCUCAUCCUCCUCCUCCUCGCUGACGGCCCCGGCCCCGGCCGAUGUGCCGAUGGCGUCCGAGCACCCGGAGGCCGUCCCGGGGCCUGAUGGCCCGGGCGAGGUGAAGCUUCCUGCCGGGCCACUGGAGCAAGGGUUUGCCACCUUCCGUGAGCGAUCGCUCGAGCUGUCCCGCUCGGCGCAGGGGGCCUGGACCCGGCUGCUGGGCCCGGAGUCGGCAAUGCUGGUUGAUGGCCCGCUGGCGGCCGGGGGUCUGAUUCCCGGCCCGACGGCGGUCCUCACGCGCCUCAGUGACCUGACCGGCUUGCGCCCGGUGGCUGCCGUGGGUGGUCCCGGGUCUGGGCCGGCUGCCCCAGGCACUGGCGCCGGCACCAAGAAGGCGGCGGCCGGGGCGGCUGCCCCCCGGGCCGCUGUCGCCCCGGCCGAUCCGGCUGCCCUGGCGCCGAAGCCCGAGCAGCCGACGCCCCUGGCCCCUGGGGCCGGGGCUGCGAUUGUCCUGCCGGAGCUGGGGUCCCCGGCGACACCGGCGCCGGCGCCGCUGCUGGACGCCGCCGGCCAGCCGGUGUCGGAGCUGGUCCGGCUGGAGACCGUGUCCGAAAUGUUGGUCCCCACGCGCACCGCGGCCGGGACUCUGUCCGGACCGCAUGGGCGCUCGUCACGGCUGUUGGACUUCGCCAUGUCGGCCGGGCUGGAGGACCCGGCCUGGUCGCAGCCGGCCCAGGUUCUCGGGGCCCUGAUGCCGGCGGACUUCGAUGCGUAUGUCCGCCGGCUGGCGCACCCGCGCCCGGGAACCACGGACAGUGUUUGCCCUCGGCAGUUGCAGUAUGGCGCAGUGGGACCGGCGGCGCCGGCCACGGCGGGCACGACCCCGGCGGCGCCGGCCAAGGGCACGACCGCGCGGGCCGGGGCCACGCCUGGCACCAAGGCCACGGACACCGGGGCCGGUGGGGCCCGGGUGGCACGUCGUCCCACGGCCUCCGCGGCCGCGGCUGCGGCUGCGGCUGCCGCGGCGGCCGCCGCCGGCGCCCGAGCCGACCCACUGGCCAUGCUCCUCAGUGAGGCCACCGCCCUGGAGAAUGGCCCCCCGGAGGCGGACAACGCCGGCGGGGCCACCGUCGGCAAUGGGCUGCUCCUGUCGCGGGCCCUGGCGCAGGCGUCGCUGGCGGACGGCCCGCGCGGGGUGACUCGGCUCUUCCGGCCGCCGAUCGGUGUUCCGGUGGACGGCACGCCGGCCGAGCUACCCCGGGGGUCCGGCAGCCUGGACAUGCCGACGGUGCUCCUGGCGCCGGAGGCGCACGAGUCGCACCAUGCCGCGGCGGCCGACUCGGCCCGUCGGGCCCUGCUGACCCUGAGCCAGGCCAAUGCCCUGUCCGAGCGGCAGCUCCAGCUGAUGCUUGGCUCGGGCCCCGGGGCGACGGCCGCUCCGGCCGGCGACCUGUACACCCUGUCGCCCAGCUCGGUGGGCAUCUUCCAGCGUCUGAUCCAGCGCAACCGCCGGGACAUGACCAUGGGUGCCGGUGCCGGUGCCGGUGCCGGCGCCGGCCCGGGCCCAGGCCCGCAGCCGAUGCCACCGGCGCCGGCCCCGGUCCCGGUGCCAGUGGCCGCUGGUCCGGUCCCCGCGCCGGUGGUGGUUGCCCCGGUCCCGGCGUCCCAAUAUCCGGCAGGACAGCCGGCGCCGCCGGUGCCGGUGGCGGCAUCGCAGGCGCAGCCACAGGCGGCCCCGUCGCAAAUCCCGCUGCAGGCGCAGCAGCCAGCGGCCCCGGUGCAGUACCCGCCGCAGGGUCCCCCGGGGUCGGUGCCGGCCCCGGUGCCGGUCCAACAGCAGUCCAUGUUCCCGGGGCAAUAUCCCCCGCAGCAGGGGCUGCCCGGCCCCGGGCCGGGUCCCGGCCAGCCAUACGGCGGCCAGUAUGGUGGCCCGCGCGGCUCAGCGCCCGGGGUUCCGGUCGAGCAUUCGGCCGGGCCGGGGCCGGGGCCGGGGCCGGGACAUGGGUUCCCGGCGCGGGCCAGCCCGGCAACCAACGCGCCUGGACGCCCUCCAGCUGGGCCUUCUCGCGGUGGUGGUGGUGGCGGCGGCGGCAGCGGCCCCGGCGGGCCCGGACCACAGGCCGGCCAUCCCGGUGCUGGGUAUCGUCCGCUGGAUGGGGCCUCGGCCGGCCCGGCGACCGCGCAGUCGGCGAUUGCGGCGGCGGCGGCUGCCGCGUCCGACAUCCGCGUUGGCGGCCCGAUGUCCCCGGUGCAGGGGCCCCUCCGCGGGACGCCCUCCCUCCCGACUGGCUACCAUCACCACCAUCAUCACCACCAUCACCCGCAGCAUCAGCCCCACCAUGGAUAUGCACAGUCGGCGCCGCAGCCGCCACCCUCGUCCGCAUCGGAGGCCGUGGCGGCAGCGGCGGCGGCCGCUGCAGCUUCCAUGUCGGCCGGCCGGCCGACCGGCCCACCAAAGCCCCCGAUGCACAUGGUCGGGGCGCACGGGGUCGCGCAUGGAGGCAUGCAUGGCAGUGGCGCGGCUUCCGGCGCCGGGCAUCUGGGGCAUCCCGGCCAUGCGGGCUCCAUGCCGGGCCAGCCGCAGCCGAUGGCCCAGUCACAGCCGCAGCAGCCGCAGCAGCCGCAGUCGCAGCAGCCGCAGUCGCAGCAGCCGCAGCCGCAGCAGCCGCAGCCACCGCAGUCGCAGCAGCCACAGCAUGCCGCGUCCGACGUCUCGGCAUACGGGACCACAACGCAGUCGGCCCCCGCGUCGCCGGCCCCCGGGCCGGGAGGCGCCUUGCCAGAGCAGCAUUCGGCCCUGCAGCCCUCCGGAGCCUCGGGCUACGGCCCACCGCCCGGGACCACGCCGCAGAUGCCCUCGUACUCGCCGAUGCCGGCAUACGGGGCUGGAUCGCCGCCGCACGGCCCCCAUGCCGGGUCCAUGCCGGCGGGUGACCCUCGCCGGGCGCCGCCCCCCCAGUCAUCGACGCAGCAGCAGCAGCAGCAGGCCUACAUGCAGCACGGUCGUCAGGUGCCGCCUGUGGAUUAUGCUUCUGGCUCAGGGGCCUCGAGCCCGACCGCACACUCGGCUGCCAGUGCGAACCGGCCGGGAUCGGCGCCCGGCACUUGGCGGCCGCCGAUCCCGCCGGCCAGCAGCGCCCCCUCGCCCGGGACGACCGCCGCCUCGCCAGCUCCUGGCGGCCAUGGCUCGACCACCUCUUCGCCUCACCACCCGGGGUAUUCGAUGUCAGCCGGACAUGGGUCUCAAGGGGGGCCGUCGAUGACGCAGCCGUCGGCGGCGGCGGCGUCCGCGGCCGCAGCAGCAGCCGCCGCGGCCGCCGCGGCCGCCGCCUCCUCGCCCCACAUGAUGGCCCACCCCCUGAGCCACGCGCCGGCCACCGCCGCGGCGCAUCACCACCAUCAUCACCAUGCUCACCACUCGACGCAGCAUCAGCACCCCUCGCAGGUGGCCCACCCGUACCAGGCGCCGCAUCACCAGCAUCACAUGAAGUAUCCGUCAGCGGCGGCGGCGACGGCCGCAGCGGCGGCUGCCGCCAUGGGCCCGCCGCCGGGUUCCGCCGCCGGGUCGUCGUCGUCGUCGUCCUCCUCCUCCUCCUCCUCCUCGGUGCCGGGGUCUGCUUCCUCCUCGUCGGCCGGCCUGGCUGGCAGUGCCGCCGGCAGCCACAUGAUGAUGCCAUCGCAGGCGGCUGCGGCCGCGCGCGCCGCCGGCCGAGACCUCCCGCCAUCGGCCACCGGGGCCACGCCGCUCUCCUCGCCGUCCGCAGUGCCGGGGUCUUACUACUCGGCGGCGGCGGCGGACUACCACAAUGCGGCGGCGGCGGCAGCAGCUGCUGCGGCAGCCGCCGCCGCCGCCGGCUCCGGCUACAGCGGCCGGCCGGUGUACGCUUCGGCGGCCGGCUACCCGGCGGCCGGGGCUUCGACCGCCCCGGGCGGCACGUCGGGCUACCUCCAUCCAGGGGCCGGUGCUUCCGGGGGCGCUGCUCCGCCUGGUGCCCCUCCCCCGGGGGCCGGGUACAUGUAUGGCCCGGGAGCCUCGUCGGGGGCCGGGGCCGGGGCUGCCGCGGGCGGCUCCUAUGCCGGGGCAGCCGGCGCCGGGGGUACUCACCAGCCCAUGAUGCAGGCUGCCUCCAUGUAUGGGUACUCGUCGCAGGCGGCGGCAGCUGCAGCCGCGGCGGCCGCGGCGGCCGCCGCCGCGGCCGCAGCCUCCGGUCGCCCGACUCACCCAUCUCUGACGGGGUCGGUGCAUGACGCCUAUGGCGCCGCCGGGCGCGGUUACGCUGGCCCGGGGUCGGCAGCCGCGGCAGCCGCGGCCGCGGCCGCCGCCGCACACCACUCCCAGCACCACCCGCACUCGAUGCAUGCCCCAGGCGGGGGUGGUCCCGCUGCCACGGGCCCCGGCGGCUCGGUCCCUCCCGGGCACGGGCAUCUUCACCAUGCGGGACACCAUGUGCCCGGUGCUGCGGGUGCCCCGCCGACACAUCACCACCCCCACCACCCCCACCACCACCCUUCAUCGGCAUCGGCCGGUCCUCAGCAACCCCCGCCCUAA